AUGACCUCGCUCAACACCUCAGCCGCGGAGCUCAAGACUCAGGGAGUGGUGGAAGCUGCACAGGAUCCUAACUCUUCGGUCACGUCCGAGGAUGCACAGAGGAAGAUUGUCCAAGAGAGUAAAAAGGCUGGCGUAGCAGCAUUCGAAUUUGACCCAGAUGCGACGCCAGAACAGAAAGCUGCCCAGGCAAGAGCUCGCGUACCCGUCGGAUUUCACCACGAACACAAGUCAAAAGGUGUAGCGAUUCCCACAGAUAUAGAUGAUGGAAAGCCUGGCGCAUACGAUCUACCACCUCCUUCUACAGCUGGAGCCAUCGCAGCUCCUUCGAAGACCACGAAUGGUAAGCCUGUAGGAGACGGUGCCAGUGGUAACGCCAUUGCGACAGAUGAGUAUGAGCGUUGGGUGGAGCGAACAGGCUGGGCUCCAAGAUUUGGCGAUGGUUCGGAAUCGGUAGAGAAUGAGGUUAAUCCUGCAGACCACCAGACUUGGAUUGAGGGAAAGCUGGACGACAAAUUCUUUGGAGAUUGGUAUCACAACACGGCUGUAAUCGUAUUUGCGUGUCUCUCGUCAUGGUUUGUUGCAACACUGGGAGGUGGGCUUGCCUGGGUCUUUAUGAUUAUGGCAAUUUGCGGUACAUACUAUCGAACAUCCUUGCGUCGCGUACGACGAAACUUCCGCGACGAUGUCAAUCGGGAACUUGCCAAACACAGGUUGGAAACAGACACCGAGAGUUUGGAGUGGAUUAACAGCUUUUUGGUCAAGUUCUGGCCCAUCUUCCAGCCGGUUCUUGCUGAGACCGUAAUCAACUCGGUAGAUCAAGUUCUCAGCACAUCUACACCGGCCUUCUUGGAUAGCUUGCGCAUGAAGACGUUCACGCUCGGAUCCAAGCCUCCCCGAAUGGAGCAUGUCAAGACAUAUCCGAAAGCAGAGGAUGAUAUUGUACUGAUGGACUGGAGAUUCAGCUUCACGCCUAAUGAUCAUGCCGACAUGACAUCCCGCCAAAUCAAGAACAAAGUCAAUCCAAAGGUUGUACUGGAGAUUCGUAUCGGCAAAGCUAUGAUAAGCAAGGGCUUGGACGUCAUUGUUGAAGACAUGGCAUUCUCUGGCCUUAUGCGUGUUAAGAUCAAGCUGCAGAUUCCAUUCCCUCACGUGGAGAAAAUUGAAAUUUGCUUUUUGGAAAGACCUAUGAUUGACUAUGUCUGUAAACCUCUCGGUGGAGAUACCCUCGGUUUCGAUAUCAAUUUCAUCCCUGGUCUGGAAUCGUUCAUUUCAGAGCAAAUCCAUGCAAACAUUGGCCCUAUCAUGUAUGCGCCUAAUGUAUUCCCAAUUGAAGUUGCCAAAAUGCUCUCUGGAUCGGCCGUCGAUCAAGCCAUUGGUGUUCUAGCGAUCACCCUGCAUGGUGCUCAAGGAUUAAAAAAUCCCGACAAAUUUGCUGGGACUCCCGAUCCAUAUACUGUCCUCUCUUUCAAUAACGGUUCUCCUUUGGCACAGACGAAGACUAUCAAAGAGAAUGCGAACCCGAAAUGGAAUGAGACUAAAUACGCGAUCGUCACCACAUUCAACGACGUUCUUACCAUGCAGAUAUUUGACUACAACGAGUUCCGCAAGGACAAGGAACUUGGAGUUACAUCCUUCCCCUUGGAUCGUGUACAGGAGGUCACCGAAUACGAGAACGAGCAGUUGGAGGUAAUGGCCAACGGCAAGGCUCGGGGUGUAUUAACCACAGACAUUCGCUUCUUCCCCGUCUUAGAGGGUGCCGAGACUGCGGAUGGAAAGAAAGAGCCUCCACCAGAAUCCAACACUGGUAUUGCUCGCUUCACUAUUGAACAAGCCAAAGAUCUGGAUGGAACCAAGAGCUUGAUUGGCCAACUUAACCCAUACGCCGUACUCCUGCUUAACAAUAAGGAGAUACACGUAACCAGAAAGCUGAAGCGAACAAACAAUCCCAUCUGGGAUAAUGGUAGCAAAGAGGUAUUAAUUACUGACCGCAAAAAGGCAAAGCUUGGACUCGUCAUCAAAGAUGACCGAGAUCUUUCAGCUGACCCCAUACUUGGUACUUAUCAAAUCAAACUUGAUGACAUGUUAGGAUUGAUGGACAAGGGCCAGGAGUGGUACAAUCUCGCCGGCGCAAAGACUGGACGUGCAAAGUUGACCGUUCAAUGGAAGCCAGUAGCGCUUUCGGGCGUUGGUGCUGGUACUGGUGGUUAUGUCACACCCAUUGGUGUGAUGAGAUUCCAUUUCAUCAAUGCGAGAGACCUGCGAAAUGUCGAGACGCUCGGUAAAUCGGAUCCAUAUGUUCGAGUUCUUCUUUCCGGUAUCGAGAAAGGCCGUACAGUCACUUUCCAAAACAACCUCAAUCCGGAUUUCGAUGAGGUCAUCUACGUACCUGUUCACAGCACACGAGAAAAGCUCACGUUAGAAGUAAUGGAUCAGGAGAAUAUCGGUAGUGACAGAACACUCGGCAGUAUUGAAGUGAUGGCAGCAGACUACAUCCAACAAGCAGACAAUGGCGAAUACCUUGUUAAUAAUACAAAGACACCACAUGCAGGUAUUCUCCGUAUACAUGGAAAAGGUUCUCCGAAGGGAACACUCAACCACACUGUCUCCUUUUUCCCGCUUCUCAACAUUGCAGAUCCGGAGGACGAUGAGAAAGAGCCCGAGACACCAACAGUCCCAUCACUUCGAAAAGUCUCUUCAGAGCGGGGUCGCAUCUCUGUGGAUUCAUUCAAGACUUCAGAUGGUAGAGAAUCAAUUCCAUCUACUCCUAUUAGUCCAACAAGCAACGGCUCAGCAGCUGCACCAACUGCUGAUAACUCCAUCGUCAAGGCCCUCGAAGAAGGAGAGAAGGAGCAAGUGGAGACAACAGAGGAGAAAAAGCUACCUAAAAUUCGCCUUUCGCCGGAGGAACUCGUUAAGUAUGAGUCUGGCCUCAUCAUAUUUAAAAUCCUGGAUGUGGAUCUCUCGCACAGAGAUGUUCGUGUUGAAGUCGUAAUGGACGACAUGGCUUUCCCUUCGUAUCAGUCGUCAACCAUCCGAUCCAAAACCAUGCGCCUUGACGAGAUUGGCGACUGCUUCGUACGUGAGCUCGACUUCUCAAAUAUCACACUCCGUCUUCGCGAUAAAGAUACGCACGCGGGAGAUAAUAAGAAGGAUCAGACUAUAGCCAAAUUGACGGGGUCGACUUUGGAAACUCUAAAGCAAUGCUUGAAUAAUCCUACUAUUCUGAAGUUGAAAGACGACGAAGGAAGAGUAAGCAGUGUGAAGGUCAGCCUGAAGUAUAUCCCGGUCAAGAUGACACUAGACCCAAGUGAAAGUAUCAACAAUAUGGGUAAACUUCGUGUUGAUGUCCUCGACGGCAAAGACCUACCUUCUGCAGACCGUAACGGGUACAGUGAUCCUUACUGCAAGUUCGAGCUGAAUGGGAAGGAUGUAUUCAAGACCAAGGUCCAAAAGAAGACCCUCCACCCUGCCUGGAACGAAUUUUUUGAGGUUGAAAUUGCUUCGAGAACAGCAGCAAAAUUCCUCUGCAAUGUCUACGAUUGGGACUUUGGCGAGAAAGCAGAUUUCCUAGGAGCCGCUGAGAUUAAUCUCAACAUGCUGGAACCAUUUGCGGCCCAAGAGCUAACUCUAGCACUGGAUGGUAAGUCAGGCACUAUCAGACUACGAUUGCUUUUCCGCCCCGAUUAUGUCACUCGCUCUCGGCAAGGUUCGUCGACGUUCUCAGGAACAUUCGCGACUCCAGGAAAGAUAGUCACAGGUGUCGCUGGUGCGCCAAUUAAAGGAGUCGGAUUUGCAGCUCAUGGCGUUGGCAAAGGAGCUUCCUUCAUUCGGCACGGUUUUAGUCGCAAGAAGAAGGAUGAAGAGGAUACCAAUGGGUCUGCAGAGGCUGAAGACAGUGCUUCUGCUUCAGGUGGUGGCUUUGGUGGUCUGAGGAGGAGCAGUGGGCUUCCUCCACCUAGCGAAGCUCCUCCAGCGAUACCUAUCACACCACCCGGAUCAUCGCUCGGUGUACCUGGUCAUGGGCGGACUAAAAGCUUUGGUCAAAAUUCCACAUACAGUACAACGCAAGGCACUCCAGGUGCUGCUCCAACUGGCACUGCGAAUUUCACAAUUGUCUCUGCUUCCGGCUACCCACCAUCUUCCAAUAUAAUGGUCUACAUGAAGCAGAUUGGAAACAAGACAAAAGUGGUUCACAAGACUGACCACAUCAAGUCAGCAUCCGGGACCGUAAGCUUCAAUGACAAGAAAGAGAGUUUCAAAUGUGCCUGUUCUGCAGAUACCCAGUUCCAAGUACAAGUCAAAGGUCACAAUACCUUUGGAAGCGAUGAUGAUCUAGGAGAAGGUCUCUUUUUUGUAGACGAGUCAGGUACUGGUCAAGAGAAACAAGUCAGGGCUGGUAGUGGACAUGUUGUCAUUAAGAGUAAUUUUGUUUUCACGCCUGAAGAAGGAGGGGCUUCAGACAGUCCAAGGGGAGGCAUGCGUAGAAGCUUUCUAAGCAAGAAGGAACCUUCUAAUGGACGGACCAGCAGAGACAUUACCCCAACACCAGGAUCUUGA